UGGCUCGCGCUUCGUGCUCAUAUUAUUCAAUGUUGAAAUAUGUAUCCGGUUCAUGAUUCACCUUAACCCUGGGCCCGUCUGUAUAAUAAUUGAGCCGGCAAAAUACCCGGGCAAAAUACCAGCAUUGGCACAUAACCCGAUUAGCUCCCGAAGUCGUCGGAAUAUGUGGAGGUGAUGUAUGGCGACUGUCGCCGUUGUUUACAUGCAUGAAGGGGAUUCCCCCUUUUUUUAUCGCUCGGGGCCAGGGAUCAUGGGCCUGGGAAGCACACUGCGCCAGCGCAGCAACACAGCCAUCUAGCGCAGCGCUUGCUGAAGCCCUUUAACUGUAAUCCGUAUAUCCGCUGCAUUUCUACGGAACGGUCGGAAACCACAUUUGUUUGCCACGAAUUCUUCGUGUAUGAAUUUUCGUCUUCAUUUUUCUUGUCUGAAGGAUUGGAAAUUACUGUAGAGUGGUACAGGAUUGCUGGACCAUCAAGUGCAACCAUUGAUACUCUUAUUAACAGUGGAUUGUUCUGAACUGGAAGAAGAUGAUGUGCAGAUAACACUCCCAAGCAUUUGAAAAUGGGUUGACAAUGGAACCCGGAAAUGAGAGAUCCCAGGACGAGCACUUGACUCAACAUAUUCCAUUUGAUCCCUAUGAGGAGAAGUUGGAGAGAGUUUUUCAAGAAGUCAAGCAAAGGGAGACCAGGCCACAACUCUUUGUUAUUUCUGGACUGCCAGGGAUUGGUAAAGCACCGUUUGCUGUGGAGCUAGCAAAGAGACUUCAAAGAAAUGAUUCAAGAAACACUAUCAUGAUCCCUGUUUCUAAAGGGGCUUCUUACCAAGAUGUUGUCAGAUAUAUCACAGGCAAGGUUUUAGGGAUUGAGAAUUCGGAUUUCACUGUGUCACACUGUUUGCAAGAACUACAGAAACUUAAGGAUAAAACAGAAGAGACGAUUAUUCUCAUUUUUGGUGUCACCAACGCUGCAGAAGAUGAGUUACCGAAGAUUCUCGGUGUGGCAGAAGAUCUUGUGGUCUUUCCCAAUGUGACCAUUUUGAUGACCAGUGGAAAGGAUUUCCAAUUUCCCAGACUCCGUGACACAUUCUUCCCAUAUGUUUUACAGCCACCAAGUGAAGCAGAAGCAAGGCGGUACCUUGAACCAUAUGCUCCACACUUGCCCAUUGAGAAUUAUCCAGAACCCUUUGUACCUGUGCUGCCUUUCAGGGUUGUUGACAUCCUGAAGAAAUGUGGACAGCAUCCCAAACUGUUAGCCAGAUUUGCUGACUUGCUGAAUAGCAAUGUUCAAAUUUCUACCAUCUGGGAUUUAGUGGAAGAGAACCCUCUGUCCAUAUUACCAACGGCUGAAGCUUUAACCUUAACUGGAAAAUUUGGAAAUGCUGUAAUCAGAAAAGUGAAGUCUCUUGCUGACAAAGAGGCUUUGAAUGCACUUGCUGAGGUGGAUGGUCCGUUUGAUCAGGAAGCAUUUUGCGCAAUAACAGGAAAGGAUGCAUCGCAGAGAGGUCUUGCAGUUCGCAGCAUCCGUCCCUUGCUCUCAGACCACCUCCUUUCAAUGGCCGAUGCCAGAAGUGGCAGGUCAUUCUCGAUGAACGAACUGAUGAAAUACACCUUGAAUGAGACAUGCCGGGAAAGGCUGGCCCAGAGUCGCAAUCGUUUCUGCGUAUUAUAUGCCCAACUUUUCCAAAGAAUGACACCACUCAUGCACAGCUAUCAACCUGAAAACCUUCCAUUGUUCCAGGCAGAUUUUGCCAAUCUGCAGAAACUGCUUGAAAUGGCCACCUUUGCGACCUCAGAAGACUUCAUGUACGAGCUGAUUAUGGACAUUGCCCACAACUCCCAAGAGAUAAUCUAUGAUUUUCUUCAGAAGACAGUAGUGGUGUCUUUCUACGAGAGUUGUGUCCAAGCAGCACGGCAGAGAAGCGACGAACGUCGGCUCGCUUACUUGCUCAUUGCUUUGUCACAUGCUGUCAUGAUGCUUCACAAUAAGUUUGACCAAGUUGAAGGAUACCUUGCCGAGUCUAAGGAAAUCUUAGAAAGGAUUGGUGAGAUGAACUCCCUAGACACAGCAAGACUUCACAUGGAAAGGGGCUGGUAUUACUAUAAGUGUGCCAAGCAUCAUGAGGCUUUGAGAUCUUAUGAGGAAGCAAAAAGGAUUCUCCUUCAUAUCAUUGCUGGCGAUGACGGACAGGAGGAAAAUCUCAAUCCUAAGUAUCUCCUAGAAAAGGCCACAGUUUUAGAUAAAGGAAGCCUUCAUCUGUGGGUUUUAUCGUCAGUCAAUACCAACAUUGCUACCAUAUAUACGUGCCUUGGCAACUUUGAGUCUUCUGGCAGCAGCUUCAAGCAAAACCUUCAUCUCCAGAAUACACUGUGGACUGAACGACAUCCGCACUCAGCAUUGACCCUUCACAAGCUAGGUCUGAUGUACCUACUCAGUAAGGACUUUGCCAAUGCAUACAAGUAUGGUUCUAAGGGACUCAGCCUGAGGAUGUUCUUGUCAAAAGGUGCCUCCCACACAACCAUACAGUCUCUUAGCAUGGUUGCUAUGGCGAUACUAGAUCACAGCGGAGACUGGAAGCGUAGCCUGACAUUGCUCCAAGAAGCUAUAGAGAUGAGAAAAGAGCUCGGACCAACCCACCCGGACAUGGGCCUUCUCCAUCACAGCGUAGGUAAUGUCUAUCGCUUCUGCAAAAAUCACAAGGAAGCCCAAAGGCACUACCAGCAGGCUGCGGACAUCCGCCAGGCAUCAUACGGCAUCGGACCGAACUUCUGCACCAUUGAAUCGCUGGAUGCCUUGGCUGAUGUGUCAUUGGAGCUUGGUGAAGUGAAAGAGGCACUGGAAGUGCACAAGAAGUGCUUGAGGAUGUGUCAGGAGCAUCUGCUGAAAGAUACUGAAAGAAGCCUGGUCGAAGGUGGCCGAAGAAUCGAUUUGGUGAGGACAACCUGUCGAAAGAUCAGCUUCAUUUAUGAAGGAAUGGAUGAAAUGGAUCAAGCUAAAGUAUGGAAGGAUGCUUCUGAAGCUGAAGGAACUCUCUUCUUGAUUCCUGAAGAGUAUCAACCACCUUGAAUAUUAAUGUAUUUCAAUGUUAUUUAUUUUACUUUUUUCUCCCUCCCUUGAGAUAAUGGUAUUCCAGGGGAUUGUUACACAAGACAUUUGAAUUUGGUGAGAAGUUAAGUUCAAAUGCUCCCGUGUGCAUGAUAUGUAAUGCAUAAUCUCAUUGAUGAAUUUGCAGGAUUUUGUGUUCUGUGAGCACAAUCUGACCUGAAAUGCAUUUAUUAAUUAGAACUACAUGUGACUCUUUAUGAAACUGUGUGUCAAUUCUAUCAGUAAAAUAAGAUUUGCCAGUCUUGCCCUUCUAAACAGCACCAUUGCUGUUUCAGCAAAAUUCAUUUGUCUACACAUCCACUUGGCUUAUACUAUCAUUGUGUCUACAGGGUUUAAUCAACAUUUUUUUGCCAGACUGAUAUUAAAUCAGUUGAUAGAGCAGAGGCUACACAAUCUGGUUAACAGUCUGUACUGGGUCUGCGUGUGCCCUUUGGUAAGGCAUUUAUCCCCAUUACCAGGUCCCUUGGACAGGACCUAAAGCCUUUAGUCUUCUGGUUGCUUGCUUGCUUACAGACAUCAAUGCUUUCUUAUGCCUCGUUUGGCCUUUCAUAACUGAUCACAAUUUUUUUUUUACCAUUCAAAAAUUUUCUGCGAUCAAUACGACUGAUCUGAUAUCUCAUAAGAUAUGAUACAAGACUGCAGUUUUAUUUGUGGCUCAAAUGGUGACAAUGGGAACUAGUUUUUAGAAAAGUAUUAGGUUAACAAAAUUCACCAGUACCAGCUGUCAGAUCUGAAAUAAUUCCUUUGUUUUGAUUGGUAGAGAAGCAUGUGUGCCUUGCUUUUACCAUGGUAACAUCCGACAAGUCCUUUCAUGAAACGCUCCCCUGGUAAGCCGCUAAUGUCCUCUCGCAACACAUUUAUCUAGCUAUGAGUAACCCAACCCAGGAUGGUAGCACCUAAGCUUUACAAUGUAUUCAUGUAUUCAUGGGCAACUUGAAAAUGCUAAGUCUAACUGCAUGUAAAUGUAGACUGUAAAUCAAUUUUUUGUCUCAAAGGCUAACUUCAUGCUUUUUUUUUCAUAUGACCUUUUUUGAUAUUUCAUUCACAUUAUUAUUUUGUGGUAUUUUUCAUUCCCAACUCAUCAUGUAUUUCCUCUGUGAUCCAAUCACUGAUAUUUUUCUUUGCCAGAUAGCUUGGGUGUUUUCUUCCUCUCGUGUUUCCUGUAACUUUUUCAGAUUUAAUGUAUCCUUUUUUUCACCUUCUAAACGUGGAGGUGAACUAUUAUUACAAAUGCGUCUUCUCCAUUGAGUUAUAGAUCUUCUUAUUCCACAGAAAGUGCAAAGUGGAAGUGUGGUAGCAAACGUAAUAUUUCAUUUAAAUUUUGAUGACAAUGAAAUUUGAAUGGAAAUAUAAGAGAUGGGCAAUGCUAAGCACGGAGAGCAGUCAAAAUAAUUAUAGAAAGAAAGUGGCAAACAGGUAUUCUUGAAAGGUAAAGAAAAGAAAAAUGUAUAUACAUGUACUGUACAGGAGCAGAAAGAAAUAGUAAUAGUCCCAUUUGCAAACUUUUGUUCAACAUUCAAAAUGAUUGUUGACCACUUUCAUUCUCGUAAAUCUUAAGGGAUGAAAAGGUGCCAGUAAUUAAGAUCCAUACCCCAUAAACCUUUCAUUCAACGUUCCAAAUUAUAGUUGUCCAUUUCCUUAAUCAUUUCUUUCUAAAAGUGAUGGAAAGGGGCGAAUAAAUUAGCUUGACUUUCUCGUAAGACUUGUAUAACUUGAUUUUUUAUCUACUUGGAUAUGAUGUUAGAUAUGCAAUUAUUCAUUCUUUUGUUCCAGUGCACAUACACAUACUCAUCACACUCUUAAAGGGGAAGUUCACCCUAACAAAAAUUGAAGGUUGGAAGAAAAUACAUCAAAGAAUAAAAAGUUACAAGAAUUUUAAUCAUUUGAUUUGUGACAUAUGCGAGCAGCUUUCCGACAUAUCGUAUGGUAUUAAUAGAACGUCAUUUUCUCAUCAAGGCCCUCACCAGAGUGCUUCUGUCUCCUCAAAGUGCUUUUGUAUCCUCAGAGUGCUUUUGUAGGAGACUGCUAGUCCUUCCCCUUGGAGAUGAGCAAAUGUCUUGGACAUUGCUCCUCCUCGUUUCAUGUCCAUGGCUGUCCGAGUCUGAGAAGUAUUGAUAUCUCCUGGUUUAUCGGAUACAAUACAUUACAUUCCUGCCGUAGUCAUUAUUCUAGGCAAUAUUGAGGCAGAAGAUUUCGAUUUCAAAAGGAAUAUCACUUAACUUUCAGUGAGAGAUUAAUGGAGCCGCAGUAAUAGGGGCAAUAUAUGGAAUAAAUUCAGCUGAUAUUGUAUCAGGACCGAUGACUACUUUCAAGAUUUUCAUCACAUUAGUUUCAGUAACACUUUCAAACCAGUCUUGGAUUUCAACUUUAUUGAUUUCAGAGAAAGUACAAGAUUCUGUGUUUGGAAUUCUACUCUGAAUAUUAGCACCAAUACAGCUGAAUAAAUCAUUGAAAUUAUUUGCUAUGCUUUUGCCUUCAAUGACUUCAUUGUGAACAUAUGUACGUGAUAUAAGGGAUUUGUUUCUUUGUUUUAAUACCCGACAAAUUCGAGUUCAAGAUUUUCUGGGGAUUAUUUUUAUCUAAUUCAAAAUUUUUGGUCUAAAGACCAAGUUUUGCUUUACGAAUAUGUGUGAUUACAUUAUUGAUAAGUAUUUGAGAAAAAUCAAAAUUGGUCAAUAAAUGAAGAAGAAGAAGCUUUUUUGUGUGAAUUUUGAAAAAUGUGCAUAAAUUAGCAUAAUUAAUGAGUUUCAAAUUCUGUGUAGAAGUUUUGAAUCCCCCACUUACAUGUAGUGCUAUCAUGAACUUUUCAGCAUUAUACUAGUUCUCUAUUUAUUCAAAUCAACAUUUUUCUGGGGUGGACUUGACCUUUAAACAUGAAAGUCUUGACUGUACAGAUAUGUAAGACAGCUUAGGAAGAAGGAGGAAAUGAACUAAUGGGAAAAUGACAAAAUAACCAUCCUACUCUGGCAUGAAUUUGUUCAACAUAAAAAUCCACUAGGUUCCACAAUUAUUCAUGGUCAUCCCAACAAUAUUUCACUUUGUAUAUUUGUGGUGCGAUAUUCAUGACUCUGUAAUUACUAAAAUUGUUACCUCGCAUGCGCACACCAUAUAUUGCACGCACAUAAACCUUACACAUAUACAAUCUUGUACUUAGAUUUGAUCACCAGAGGAAUAUGGAUUUAUGGACUGAUAAUUUAGUACAGAGGUGCAUUAAAAAGGCUGAAUUUUGCUAAGGAGUAGUAUAUUAUGAGGGGUAUAAUGUUAUUGUGCUGACUCGUACAGCUGAACCAUGGCUGACCCAUUGUGAUGUAUUUUGAGUUGAGUUUAUCAAUUAGACAGGCAAAAUACACAUAUCCUGUAUCUUAAGUGCCUCAUUUAGGUAAUAUAUAUAUAUAUAUAUGAGAAAUUAUACAUGUACAACAGCUUUGGUAACUCUUUUAUGUAAAUAUUUUGUGAAAGAAAUGGAUGAAAAGAACAAUGGUGGUACACGUAUAAUUUGUAUACAUUUGUAUAAUUUCUCCCAUACGUGUAUUGUAUCUAAGCAAUAAUAAUAACGUUUUAUUUACCAGGGGUAGCCACUUCAUUUAGGA